AAAAAAACAUCGUUACCCAAGCAUCAGGAAUCUUUUUAAUGAAAAUGAGUUUGUGUAAGCUGGAAAGAUGACAACAGUACUUUAUGAAAACAGGAAAACUGAACCGCAUCAGAAAAUGAUUUUCUUUCCAUAUUGACUGUCGAAGUCCUGGACAAUUUAUAACAACAUUAGUCUUUUAUGUUUUAAAGAACCAAAAAGAUAUUUUGUUUUCACACAAAUCGCCACAAUCUCCAGCGUCGUUAUGUUAGGAUUUUAACUUUCUGGAAUACACAGUCUGGUGAAUCGUUUCGUUCUUUUACAUUUUCUUGCAUUUGAUUCAUUUAUUUGCAACAGAAAAAAUGACUGAGAGUCUUUUAAACUCAGAAUUAUGUUGCUAAGAAAUGUAGUAAUCAGAAUCAGUCUGGAAAUAAAUCAAGGAAAGUUCUUCUCUGCAGCCGGGCAUACAGUUAUGGUGAGCAGGACUGAGCUUAAAAAUGACCUUUUGUCCUUGUUUCCUGGGACUUACAAUUACAAAAUAUUGAAACGUAUUCAUAUACAAACUUCGUGUUUCUGUGGGAACCAUUUAGUUGUCGGGUUGCCGCUGUCCAUGGUUCUGAAGCAACGAUGACCAGAAUGGCUCACUAUGAUGCAUUCUGAAAUAAAUAUUCUCAAUUUACCAGAUUUAUGCUGGAUGGAAAGAUAUAAUUGACGCUCAAACCAAAUUCUGUUUAUGACUUACCAAUAUUAGAGGGCAUAGUGCAUAACAGUUCUGAAUUGUAAUGAGGUUUAAAGAGUGUCUUGAGACGAAUUCCGUUUCAGGAUAACGGCCAUUUAGAACAUAAAAAUAAUCAUUUAGAUAAUCCACUGCUCUAAACAGCUUUCAAUUUUUUUAAUUCUUUACUUUUUGCUUUUAUACAAAUAACACCAACGAGAAAAGAGCUUUCCACAGUUAUUAUACGAAAGUGAGUUAGUGCCAUUUGGGUUUCAUAUUCUCUUAAUACAUAUACUGAUGAUUAUCGUCACCUCUUUAAUAACAACCUUAAAAUAAUAAUAAUUCAUUAAUAAUGAUAUUAAAGAUUAUAAUAAUAAUAAUUUAAAGCAAACCAUCACUUCCUUUCCCCCACAUGUCACGCUGCAGAGCGUUUUCUGUAAUCGUAUGUAAGGCUAUAAAGAGCAUUUGAAAUAAAUAAAUUCAAAAAUAAAUAGAUUUAGGCAAAAAGCAUUUUUUAUUCUUAUAAAAUACCCAUAUAAAAUUUAUGAAAAUAGAAUCUCCACAUCUUCGUGAUUUGCGUUUUUAAAACACUAACCUUUAGCCCUGUAAUAUAAGGCAUUGUGAAUACUUUUUUUGUCUAGCAGUUAAGUUUAAUUUAAUGGUACUGUACUGUAUUGUCAUUGUACUGUAUCAGGUCAUCUCUUUUAUGUGGGUUUAAUUCAGUAAUGACUAUAGAGACGCCGCUCGUUUUCUAGUUUUGAGCACUAGAGGGAGCCUGGACCACAACAAAUACGGAUUUUGCCGAUAUCCUCUAUAUGCCAAAGUCCGCGUUUUCGAGUCCACCAGAACCUUUAAAUAAUGAUUUAAAACUAUCUCCCGCUUUUACUUUGUUGCACAGCUUUUUUUGGUUGCACAAUAUAAUUGCUUGUUACAUGCUAUAAAUGACUUUUUAGCAUAACUCAUUUAACGAAUUUGACCACAUACUGUUUACAUGUAAAACCCAUUUGCCAAAAUAAAUAAUUAGUAAAAAUACUGUACGGGCAUGUGACGCUAAUGAAAUGUAUAAGGAAUGAGAUCAGCUAAGCACCCAUUUUUUUAAAUCAUUUUUCGCAAUCCAUGAACAAGAAACUAGAACGAAAACUUUAGGUCAACAGAUAAACGACUGACGUAUAUCUUUCAUCAUCGGUUCACAUAAUAUUACCAAAUAUUACAAUGGAUCUAAUACACAGACUCAGAUAAACCGUCCUGUCAAAAACAUUUUUGUUACAGUAACACAAAUAACAACGACACGUAAUAUUUAAAAUGUAUUUUUUUUCGUCUUUUAUGCUAGAUGAAAAGCAACAACAACAUUUAUUUGUCUAAGGACAUGUGAACAGCUCUUACAGGUUAUCUGGUUUUCUCAUCCUUCACCCUCUCUGCUCUUUUCCAAUGUUUAACACACUCACACAUCGUUGCUUUUUGAAGAAGAUCCAGUACUCACGUUUAUAAUUUCGCCCACGGAGAUGUAAUCCCUUUGAUUAUAUUUAAUACCUGCCAAACCCCAGAUGGCAUGCCCACCCAUCGCUCUGUGUGAUAAUGCCACAUUGUGAAAUCUAGCCAUUAAUAUUAAUUUUCAGUCUGCGAAUGUGUCUGAACUGCUGAAGCUUAAAAUUCCUUAAAAAAGGCCAGGCUUGACUUACCAGGGAUUUUAAGACCAUUCCAUGUCAUUUCGCCUUUCGCCGUCCUUUGAGGUAAAACUGAUAUUCAGUGGGAUAUGUAGACUUCAAAGUCACCCAUAAUCGAAACGACAAGGCCCAUAUAGAUUUUCAUUAUACGGUCUGUAUGUUUUCUGUCAAAUUACAGGCAAAUUCGUCUUUGCAAAAUUGGCCAAGUGAAGUAAUGAUGCCUCCUAUGAAGUUUCUCGGUCCUUUCUCUGUAGUGUUCUUUGUAUAGACCUAUUGCAAGUAAUUUGGCCAGUUAAGACAGAACUGCCUAAUUUCGAUACAAAUCAUCACGUUUGUGACAUUUUGCAUGGUUAAUUGGUCAAAAGCUGUACAAAUCCCAGAGUACUGAAUAAGAGGAUGAUAUACCAUCACCGUAUCAGAAAUGUAUAUAUUACAUUUAAUCAGACGUAUACUAGCAAGAAAAGAACGAUUUAUUUAUAAGGUAACUUUUCACCUUAUUUUCCUGUAUUUUGCCUAAUAGUUUUUAGUUUCUUUCUAAACUACUUAUAUCUUUUUUUCACAAUGGAUUACAUUUUACUUGGCCAUUGGUUGAAUUCUUUAUUGUGCAUUCUUUAAUCGUUAUCCAGAAGAAAGCAUUAAUAGUUCUCUAUGUUCUGAAAAUGAGUUUGUUUAACCACCGUACCGAAUAACAGAAACAAAACCAUGAGGUAGUGUUAUGUAGCCUGAAUGCGCUUUUUUUUAUCUAUAGACUAUUAAGGCACUAAAUAAUUUGUCAAAAAAACAAGCUUUCAUGAAUUAUCCCACAUAAUUACACGUAAUUACUUUAGUGUAUUUUACGGUAAAACACGAAUUUGUCGCGUUAUUGAGAAAAAAACAAUCGCACUUUUUGGAAACAAGCCUCUUUACAUUUAAGCAACGAUAAGCUGAAACACAGUAGAACUCUCUUUCAGCCACACAUUGUGGUUUUAUUUACGAAGUGUUAAUAUUGCGCAUUGUAUACCAUAAAUGCCAAUAAAACACCUCUUUCAAAAUGACAUCAAUGCAGGACAACAGUUGUAGAAAAACGGAUCUGCUGAUGAAUUGCCAGAGCUAGUGGGAAAAUGAGAGGAGUGAAGCAUGAACAGGGAGAUGGGCGUUGAUUUAUCGCAUAAGACCUCGGUCAUUUCCAUAUAUUAAAAUGCGCCCAAGGGGCCAGGCAGUCAAUUUCCUUGAGCCACUACCCGUGGAAGGCAUGCGCAUCACCAAAAGAAAUUUAACAGUCUACAUUUUAAACCAUCUCUCUGACAGAUGGCACGAUAUUUCUUUCUGGUUGUCUAAAUAGUUAAAAUCUACAUAUCAUUUUAAUAAAAACGUAGAACCGCUGUUCGCAGUGUUGUAUAGAUUUGGUAAAGGAUGUUUCGAGGUUUUUGUGUCAUUCACAGGGCCUCGCGCAUCGAGCCGUAACGUUAUUUUAAGCACGAGUCUGUCAUCGCGCUCUCUCUCACUCUCAUUUUCAACCUCUAGCUCUAUCUGUCACUUUCUCACACACAAAAACAUUUUUUUUCCUCUGAGAAAGACCGACUGAAGCGUGCCUGACCGUGCAUUAGAAAUAUGGAUAUUGCAAUACAUUUAACGUCUGGCUGAGUUAUGAUGGGAUCAGUCGCAUUGCCAUUCACGUAUUGCGCUUCUGUUUGUAAGCGGGUUUUGUUGCUGCCUGAUAGCUUCCUUCAGAAGGUGCGAGCGCUCGAUUUGCUCUGAUCAAUGUCCUGCCCUGAGGAGCAUGGACAGACUUUCAAGAAAGUCAAAAUAACAAACGAAAAAAAUCGGUCUACAAGUCAAUGGCCCGAGGGAGCAUGGUUCGUGCCCUGUUAUAUAAAAAUGCUUGAAUAUCCGCAAACGUCCCCAGCGCAUCCAGUGCGCCAUAAGCACAUCCUACGAUACACACUGCCCAUUAACACAGAACUAUUUUUCUUUACAAGCGUGAGCGCUGAUCAAUGUGUUGGGAUUUGCAACUAUAAUAAGUCGUUAAGUCAAAUAACAGUUCCCUCACAUUUCGGUAACAUCAGCAUCUGAUAUAUUUACAGCUGGGAAUAUUUCCCUAUUGUUUUAUAAAGGCAGGUGCUGAAUUAUCAAAGUUUUUAUUGUAUGUUUUUUGUCAAACGCGCAACUUUAUUUCGUCAAAGAUAUUGUUAGACGCAUGUGAAUAUUUUAAAUAACACAAUUAUGCAACGUGAAAAUACAGAAUUUCUCCAUGAAGCUUUAAAACAGAGCAAUAUCCCCUACAAGAUCUCUGUCCAUCACAAUGCGAGAUCGCAGAACGUCACUGACAGGGUUCCACACGCCUAAAAGUGCUAUGAAAUGUUGCUAGCUCAUAGCAAUUUCCUUUGUGCAUAAAGACAUCUACGUUACAUUAACAUGAAACCAAAGGCUUUAAAAGCACUACAUUUGAGAUCGAUACGUUUUAAUUAUAUGUACUUGUUGACAGUAAUAACCCGAAAGCAUAAGCGUUUAGUUUUGCAUACGGUCGAAUCCAUUGACAUUCCCAGAUUAGGCAAAAUUGACCUUUUGCCCAGUGAAAACUGACUCACAAGCGUAAAGAGUUGACACCUCGCGCUGAAAAACGCGAACCAACACAUCGAUCAGUCUUGGUCCAGAAAUAAAGAUGUCAGCUUAGCCUGUAAAACAUUUUCACUCACUCACGGGUCACGUAUUAACUCCAGCGUUCGACUUCAGUUCCGAUCGGUUUCUUAAGGAUUCCCCCUAUGAAUUGCGCCUUUCCCUGCAGACUGUCACUUCUUCACGCAGCCUCUGCUUUGAGUCUCUGGAGCAGUCGCUUAGUAUAGUCGUACUUCAACUAGUUUGCAGGGGUGUCUCUCUCUUCCUCCCACCUCAUGCCUGGAACUAUGCUUGUCAUCGGGUUUUGUUAUACGCUUGAUGUCUCUUUACGUGCCGCAAUUAAGAAUGCAUCGUUGCUGUUUACAGCAGCAUCUUUAUAUUUCUAAAUCCACGAGAUGGUUUACAGGCACCCCCUCCUCUUCCAGUCGCUAUUCUCUAUAAUCUGAACACAUCUGAAACUUAUUACCCCGUCCCCUUUCUAGUGGGCUGCUCCCACAAUCUAUUCGUCAGUGUGGUGUUAUAUUUUUAAAAUUACUCUCUUGUAGUAUUUAAGUCCCACCUACAUCACUCGUAAAUAGUGUGAGCUAGUAUCCUGUUUUCUAUGAUGUCCCUCAUGCACUGUUUGUUAGUUUCUUUGGGCUUCUGGCGGAAUGUGCCAUCGCGCCCUUCUGAUCAGCGCACGCGGCGGUUGAACCCACAUGCCCUAGCGCGGAACCUGUCUGUCCUGUUCAUGCAACCCGAUCGUUUCUCGCUUACAAUCAGCCUUUGCACAGCGUGUAGUACCUCUUACUGUUUGACCAGGACAAUGACUGUGUUUCAACCACUGUGUCUUCUCCAGAAGUCCCGAUCAAUGUCCACUACGAAACCUUAUAUGUGAGGUUUCUCUACCCCUCCCUUUGUAUAUGUAGCAUGUCCGGCCCCCUUGAAUCUCCUGUCCAUUGGCUUUUCGUGGUCUGCUUUCCUACGUCCACCCCCAGCACACACGCCGCACCGCACAUUGCUUUCAUUAAACAUCUCUCUCUCUCUCCCUCCCUCUGCCUCUCUCUCUCAGACUCUCUCUCUCCCCUUCUCUCUCUCUCGCCUCUUGUCCGGCCCCCUGAUCUUUCUGUCCAUUGGCUUCUUCGGGUCUAUUUUUCAUGUCCAGCCCCUAAUGAGUGUCCAUUGGUUUUGUUAUUUCCACUCCCUCCUCCCACUCCACGGCUUUGCCCUGCCCAUGUUCUGUAUGUCUGUGUCCAUCCAUCUCCUGACGUUCAAGUUCGCAGGGACGUCACGUCCGCACUUGAACUUGCAGCUCAGGGGGGCUUUUGCCAUUUUUUCAUCUCUCUCUCUCUUUUCAAAAAAGCCAUGACGGCUAUCCCACAAUCCAUCUUCCCUGCGCCAUCUUUGUAUUAUUUCUAAUUUAUUUUGGAUGUCAAAGGCAUUGAUGAAGAUAUUUUCUCUGGAGUCUCCCUUCUAACCCGGCUCUCCCGAUGUGAACCGAGCUGAAAGCCACCACCAACCACCAUGUCUCGCCGCAAGCAAGGCAAACCCCAGCACUUAAGCAAGCGGGAUUUUUCGCCCGAGCCCCUCUCAGCCGUGGUCUCGGAGGACAGACAGGAACAGCGCGGGCUGGUACAGGUAUCUCCGGAGGGAGACCAGGAUCUGCUCACCUGUGGCCAGUGUCAGAUGAACUUCCCUUUGGGAGACAUCCUUAUUUUCAUUGAGCACAAAAGGAAGCAGUGCAAUGGCACUUUGUGCAUGGACAAAGCGGUGGAUAAGCCCCCCUCGCCCUCGCGUGGUGAGCUGAGGAGAGCCUCCAACCCUGUGGAGGUGGGCGUCCAGGUCACGCCAGAGGACGAUGACUGCUUAUCGACGUCUUCUCGAGGAAUCUGCCCGAAACAGGAAAACAAUACAGGUAAAGAUGAGCCCAGCAGCUACACGUGCACCACCUGUAAGCAGCCGUUCAGCAGUGCCUGGUUCCUGCUGCAACACGCCCAGAACACUCAUGGCUUCCGCAUCUACCUUGAGAGCGAGCGCGGAAGUCCACUCACGCCCCGCAUCGUAGCCCCUUCGGGAAUGGGUGCAGAUUGCUCAUCUCAGCCCCCCCUGCAUGGCAUCCAUCUCCCCGAAGUAAGCCCCUUCAACCUGCUGCGGAUACCCAAUUCCGCACGUGAUGGACCCCCUCUGCGGGAGGGGCGUUUUCCCCCAACGCCACCUCUCUUUAGCCCUCCGCCUCGCCAUCACUUAGACCCUCAUCGCAUGGAUCACCUGAGCCCGGAGGACCUGGCCUUGGCCACCCACCACCCGAGUGCCUUUGACAGGGUGCUGCGCCUCAACCCCAUGCCCCUGGAUCCCCCAGCCAUGGACUUCUCUCGUAGGCUGAGGGAACUAGCUGGAAACACCUCAGGGUCAACUCCUCCUCUCUCACCCAACCGACCCAGCCCUAUGCAACGGCUACUCCAACCAUUCCAAUCGGGAAACAAGCCACCCUUUCUAUCCACGCCCCCCCUGACGUCCAUGCAGUCCCCUUCUGGCUCCCAAUCCACUCCGACCCCUCUCAAGCAGCAGUCCAACACACCUCUGAAAUCCAAGUCUUGUGAAUUCUGUGGGAAGACCUUCAAAUUCCAGAGUAAUCUGAUCGUUCAUCGACGCAGUCACACGGGCGAGAAACCCUACAAGUGCCACCUGUGCGACCACGCCUGUACACAGGCCAGCAAGUUAAAACGCCACAUGAAGACACAUGUGAACAAGUCAUCGCCCAUGACGGUCAAAUCCGAUGAUGGCUUGUCUACAGCCAGCUCCCCUGAGCCAGGAACCAGCGAUGUUGUGGGGAGUGCCAGUAAUGCCCUCAAGUCAGUGGUAGCCAAAUUUAAGAGUGAAAAUAAUCGUCUGAUUCGAGAGAAUGGUGAGGAGGAGGAGGAAGAAGAGGAGGAGGAAGAGGAGGAAGAAGAGGAGGAAGAGGAAGAGGAAGAAGUAGAAGGAGAGGAGGAGGAGCUGGAGAGAGAUAGAAGUCGAAACAACUACCACUUUAGCCUCAACUUAGAAGCCGCGAGGCACCACGAGAAUAACGGCGGGCGCGAGGGCGACAUACCACGAUCGCUGCCUGAGGUUAUGCAGGGCAUGGGCCUGGCUGCCAGCAUGCAGCACUACAGUGAAGCUUUCCAUCAACACAAGCGAGGAGCCCUAAACUCAGACAAUAAUGCACAUAGGGACAUAUGUGAUGAGGACUCAGCCCUGGAAUCAGACAGAGUGGACGAGGGCUGUGUCUCUGCUAUCAACGGUCGAGGCUCAUCCCCCAGCGAGUCCGCCUCCGUGGGUUUGUCUAAGAAGCUACUGCUGGGCAGCCCAAGCUCACUUAGUCCCUUCUCCAAACGAAUCAAGCUGGAGAAGGACUUUGACCUCUCCACCCCUACAAUCCCCAACACUGAGAAUGUCUAUUCCCAGUGGUUGGCUGGCUAUGCUGCCUCUCGGCAGCUUAAAGACCCCUUUCUGAAUUUUGGGGAUUCCAGACAAUCGCCUUUCGCCUCUUCUUCAGAGCACUCCUCAGAGAACGGAAGCCUACGCUUCUCCACACCACCAGGGGAUCUGGAUGGCGGCGUCUCGGGCCGCAGCGGGACUGGCAGUGGCGGCAGCACGCCACACCUCGGGGGUCAUGGUCGGCCCAGCUCGAAAGAUGGCCGACGCAGUGAUACCUGCGAGUAUUGUGGCAAAAUUUUCAAAAACUGCAGCAACCUGACAGUGCACCGACGCAGCCACACGGGCGAAAGGCCUUAUAAGUGUGAUCUCUGCAAUUAUGCCUGUGCCCAGAGCAGCAAGCUAACACGGCACAUGAAAACGCACGGGCAAGUGGGCAAGGACGUUUACAAAUGUGAAAUCUGUAAGAUGCCUUUUAGCGUGUACAGCACCCUCGAGAAACACAUGAAAAAAUGGCACAGUGACCGCUCAUUGAACAAUGAAAUUAAAACUGAGUAGUGGUGGAGGCUCACUUGCCUGUUAACAGUCAAUAACACCUUACCCCACCCUCAUCCUUGUAGAUUUCCCUAUUUCGCUAGUCCAGUGGUGGCUAAGACGGCGUGCUUGGCACCACCAGCACACCCUUUUCAUUUACCGUUGAAUGCAUGAUCUGUAUCGGGGCAAUACUAUUGCAUUGACGCAAACUUGGAGCCUUUCUCUUGUGCAAUAAUAAUUUACAUAUUGUGUACUUUUCCUUUUUUUUUCCAUUUUCGAAAAUUUGACAGCAUGCAUAUGUUUUGGCUAAUUUUAAAAAUAAAUUGUCCCUGGUUGGUUAGUUGUUUAGUAAAUGUGUUGCUGUAUUAUCGUUCAUUACUUUACAAAUGUUUUUCUUAUUUUUCCUUUUUUUCCUUUUAAGAUCUAAGAAAAAGAAAAGAAAAACAACCAUGCUGCAUACAUUCUGUAAUACAUAUCAUGUACAGUUUUGUGUUGUAACAUGGAGGACUACAGUAUAUUGCUUAACCUUCUUUGGACGGGCUCGGUAUCGCACUUAAACUAAUCUUUCAAAAAGAUGUUCUGUCCACACAGGGUUAAAAUGUUAAUUGGCCCCUAAUAUGGCAUAAAAGUAAUGACAGCCUUUGAAUUUCUUAAGAAAGGAUCAAUAACACAUUAAGAAUUGAAUUUGUACUAUCAUUUGGUAAGACAAACAAAAAGAGUGCCUUGGAUAUCUUGAAAUUGCAUUGGUUAAUCUCUGCUGUAAUUCUGGAGUCUCAGCUAGAUAUUUGAAAAGGGUCGAUGUGAUCUUUAAAAGGUUCUUGCAUCAAGUACCUGACAGCUCAACUACGACUUUAGAGAGACAUAGUAAUAAUGGAAAGCUAAAGGGAAUUUCUAGUUAAUCAUCAUUAGGUACCUAUGUGAAAUGUAUCCAGUUGUGGUUCAUGUCCUGUGCUUGGCACAUGGAGUGUAUGGCGUGGCAUUCAGCCUUGUUUACUGUUUGAAGGUACUGUACGUAAUGGUACUUGUUUUCAAUCCACAAUCAUUUGAAUUUUCGGUGUUUGUUCAAGUCUUAUCUUCAGUAGCACGUUUUUUGAUGACCUAACAUCCAUUGCGAAGGAAUACCUGAGGCCAUUUAGACCGAACAAAUGCAAUGUACAUUUGAGUAUUGGUUAUUAAGAAAACAUUCAAAUAUUUGCAGCUGUCAGUGAUGAUUAACUAUGAAUUGCCUACGGGUCUGAGUCAAAAUCGCAUUUCUUUAUUGUUGCCCGUGUUUGAGCUCCCUGUAAAGACAAAAUGAACCUGAAUUACUGAGCGAGAGGGAAAACCAUCAUUUUUGUUCUUUUAUUUGAUAUAAGUUUCACACAUAGUGUGGUAUAUGUUGACAUUCAAGGAGACUCUUGUUGCAUUAUGACAUUAAUGACUUGUUUAGACAAUGUUUUGGGCGUUUAGAUGGCUCACGCCUCUCUGCCCUAUUUUGUUUUUGACACAAUAAUUGGAGGUAUUGCGGUUGAGUAUAAAUUAAGAUUGUUUGCCUGUUGGACAACAAAGUGCACUGUUAAAGUUUCCCAGUUUACAGGAGUUCUUAAGAGGGAAAACUUCCUAAAGAAAUGAACGUGGUGUCAUUAUUUAAUGUAAAAAAGCCAACUCGUCCUCACGCCUCUCAAUGAAAAAGCCCAACUCCAAUAUAAUAUCCACGUGUCAGCACAAACAGUGCUUGACCGUAUACGGACAAUUGAAACUUGCUGCUUUCACUGCAAGAACUUUUUUUUGUACAAAUCUUUUUUUAAGUAUGAAAAUAAAACUUUUUAAAAAAGUAACAUUUUAUCAUCUUAGGGGAAACUGUAUUUAAGUUUGUUGUUUCUCUUUAUCUCUUUGUCUUGUUGGCGUUCAAGACUUGAUCACAAUAUAUAUAUAAAAUGGGAAAAAAUCUGUGAUUUUUUUUCUUUUGUUUUUGUUGUUGUUGUUUCAUCUUGGCUCUUCACAGCUCUUCAGGUCAAACUUGCAUUGGGGAAAGGUUUAAGAUUAUAUAUAAAAUAUAUAAUAGAGAAACUUAAAUAUAGGAAAAUGCACAUCAUGUCAGUUCCUAUGCUAAAACACAUUUAUGGUCUACUUUCUUCUGUAUUUCUAGAAUGGUAUUUGAAUUAAAUGUUCACCUAGUGUAGGUACUACAGUAUUUAUAUUGAGGCUUGUAUUUUUAACUGUUGCUUGUUCUCUCAAAAGGUACAAUUGUACCUUUUUUGGUAGUGGAAAAAAACAACAAGCUGCCACAGUAUAUUUUUUUAAUUUGGCAGGAUAAUAUAGUGCGAAUUAUUUGUAUGUUUAAAAAAAGAAAAUGGAAAAAAUCAAAUGAAAAAAUUAAAGUUUGUGGCAUUGUACAAAGGAAGCCAUUCAAUGGUUUCCCCGCUGAGUCUUUUGAGAAUGUCCACACUAGCUAAAACAGGUGGUUGUACAUAUCUUUUUCUGUUAUUCUUUUUUAAAAUCUCUGCUGCCAUUCUGUAUGCAGUACAGCAAGCUGAUGUUGGGUUGUUCUGUAGUGUGCUUCUGUCUCUUCACAUGUCUCACCUGAAUACAUUCCAGCAUCUUAAAAAAGCAAACUUCAUAUGCAGUACGAUACCAGUAAACAAACAAACAAAAUCAUUCAAAUAAAUGAAUUCAAACGAUCAAUGUUUUGCAGGUGUUUUGUUUUCAUUGCCAAAUAUUAAAUGGUGCUUUAUAUUUCGAUUGGGACGACUUUCAUAUGCAAAGCAUAUUUAAAAAUGAAAUGGAACUAAAGGUGCAGCCCACUUAAGUUCAUACUCUUUUGUAAAUGGCAAUGCGGAAUAUUUUGUUAUCAGCCUUUUCUAUUCCUGUUAUGAGAGCUGUUUGUUGUAACUUGAACUUGAACUUUAUCUUUUUCAAUGGGAGUCACUAUUUAUUAUUGCUUAAAUACUCUGUUCAAAACAGAGACAUAGAAUGGAUCCAUUUUUGUUCGUUUGUUUUCAUUUUAUUUCUCCUUUUUUUUUUAAAAGAAAGAAAAGAGUGACCAAAGGUCAUUGACAGACUUGCUUUUUUGUUGUUUUUGGUUCAGGUCUAUGUUAGGUUUUAUUGGAGAAACCACUGUCUGUGUUUUUUGGCAGUUGUCUACAUUAUCCUGUUCACCAACCAAUUUUGUCCCUUUAUUGAAAACAGUUAAUAAAAAAAUUAAAGUAUA